AUGGUACAUGAACGGUUUGAGGAAUACAACGAGUUCAAGGUGUUGACUUGGCCUCUAAAUUCCCUAGAUCUCAAACCAAUCAAGCAUGUGUGGGAUGUGCUGGACAAACAAGUCCGAUCCAUUACAGUCUUGGUGCCAGAUACCACAGCACGCCUUCAGAGGUCUAGUGGAGUCUUUGCCUCGACGGGAGAAGCGGCCACACAGUUUCUGUCUUUGGUGGUGCGGGUCAUCGUCCCGUCCUCCUUCGCCGUGGAAGCCGGACUCGGUCCCUCGUUCACAGCUCGGCUCUGUGAAGCUCGUGGUCGGCGUUUAGUCACCGUCCGUCUGCAGAGUCAGUUCGAGGUCGGCACCAAACAGCUCCUUAUAGAGAGGAGGGAAGUGCGUCCCAACGACGUCGGGGUGCCUGAAGCACGAACGCCUCUCAAGUCCCUGGAGGAAAUUAAGUUGAUGUUCCAGCGUUUGAGCUUCAGCCCUUUCUCAGCCCUCUCCUCUCCACAGAUCAAAGGGAGUCCUCGCAGCUUGACCAGCAGGCUGUUUCCUCAAGGAAAGACUGGCUCCUUCACCCUCUCCACACCCCCCAACAGCACCACAGAUGGGUCAGAACCAGGCCAAGAAAGCAACCUGGAAACCGCCAACCAGUGGCGUAAACUGUACCUAUCUUCUAGAGUGGAAAGAGGAGAUGCUGGGCAGGAGGAGGACAGGCAGAUAGGGGAUGAUAUCAAGGAUACAAAGACAAACCCUAAUGGGGCCAGACAGGAAGUGGAGGACCUGACCAGAGAAGUGGACUCUGAGAGUGACAGUGAUGAUGAUUGGCUGUAUGAGGCAGAGAGUCCAGAUGAGGCGGCUCUGGUCCAUGCAGCCCAGGCAUACCGCUGCAACCUGAGGGGACGUUCUGCAGAAAGCUUUAUGGUGGAACUGCCAGGAAUUGGCUCUCUUUCUAUUCAGCUGCUCCACAUUCUGCCCUUUGACCCCAACAGGAAGAGGAUGUCAGUGGUGGUCCGCCACCCUCUCUCAGGACAGGUGGUGGUUUACACCAAGGGAGCCGACUCUGUCAUCAUGGACCUGACUGAGACACCUAAAGAUUCAGGUGCAGAGCAGGCUCAGGAGAUCUACAGUCACAUCAGAGAUCAAACCCAAAAACAUUUAGACAGCUAUGCCAGAGAUGGCCUCCGCACACUCUGCAUUGCUAAAAAGUUUGAAACAUUUACCAAGAAUGUGACCUAUGAAUGA